GGGGGCGCCCUUGUACUGCGAGCGGGGCGCGUGCCGACGCUGCUGCUGUCGGCCGCGCCCACAUUCGCUUUCAUGCAGCCUCGAUUGCCUUCCGCCGCCAGGACGCGCGGCGCGGCGGCCCUUCGCCCCUCCCUCGCGCCCCUGCCGCUGCAACGCGCCAGCAGCGCGCCGCUCGGAGCCGCCGCCGUCGGCGGCGGCGCCCGCGGGCCCGCCGCCCGUCCGCGCUGCGACCAGUAG